AUGCCUGGGUUGGCAGAUCUGCAGAAGCAGGGACUUUCGUGCUUUUUCAACACCCAGCUGGUGGCCUGGGCAGAUGUUGCACUCCUCUGCUGCCUCCUGUUGCUUGUGCCAUCCAUCUGCUCCAUCAUUCGGUCCACCAUCCAGAAACCCUGUGUUGUGUACAGCCUCAUCACAGCCAUCUCUCUCCUCAGUGUACCCCUGAGCCCUGGGGGUACCCAGCCCCUGCAGUCGGGCCAGUCCUGGCCUUCUGCUGAGGCGACCAGUGAGGGGCAAAAUGUGACUCUGCUCUGCAUGCUGCGGGUGAGGUUGUUUACUGUUAAAAGGUUUGCACAUCCUGCAGAAGGGAAAAUAAGAGUCAAUGCUGAAUGGCUGGUGGCCAUUUUCUACACAGCCCUGAACAACAGCACAUGGUACAGCCUGUCUCACCAGAAGGCACUGAAAUGACUCAGUGACCUCUGUUUUCCUGAACACUACCCCAUCUGUGCAGCACAGAAACUUUGCCCACGGCUGGCAUGCAAAAGCUUCGUCAGCAAAGGUUUUGCCUUUCCAGUGCCUCAAGAGGGGAGUAAAACCUUCCCCUGGUUUGAUCUGGCAGCUGCACAACUGAGAGAGUCUCCCUUUAGCUGGCUGCUAGAAAAGAGUGAGCUUGCCCGGUGCCAUCUUGCUCUCCCAUACCAGGCAUCCUUUAGAGACUGGCCUACAAAGAAUCGUGGGCUGAUCAGCACCAAGACAGCUCUUACUCCAGCUGUAGUGGAGCCUGGUGUAACACUGGAUGACAAGUCUCCAUUCUCCACAGAUGCUUCCAACGUUUUCUCAGGAAUAACAGAGGAAACUGCUGACUAUUAGUCUAAAUCCUUGCAAACUAGAACAAAGCCCAUGGCAGAAUGCUUUGAUGAGAUCUUGUCCCAGCCCCCUCAAGGGACUGAGAGGUGCAAGAACCAGCUCUUGGACUCUUUAAAAUAUUCCAUAUGUACACACUUGCUUCUACAAGUUUCACUGUCUAGACUGCUCAGAAAACCUGCUUCUCCCCUGGCUGCCUGA